AUGCAGUUUAGCCUACACUCUAAACAAAAAGUCCAGUCCAUGUACAGGGCAUGCAAGGUGCACUGCAUGCUUCCAGUUUAUUACGUUCUACAUGACCACGUGUCCACAGUUGUUACGUUCUACAUGACCACGUAUCCACAGUUGUUACGUUCUACACGACCACGUAUCCACAGUUAUUACGUUCUACAUGACCACGUAUCCACAGUUGUUACGUUCUACACGACCACUUGUUACGUUCUACAUGACCACGUGUCCACAGUUGUUACGUUCUACAUGACCACGCAUCCACAUCGACACACCGCUCGUCCGCCGCUCCUCCCAGGGUGCCUCUGCCUGGCCUGUCCUCUGUACUCUGCCUACCAUACUCCCGUGUUAUUAAACAUUGAACCUGCGACAACCUUAACUCUCAAGAACCAGACCAGCAGUACCACCACAGAGGAACACGAACUCACCACACAUCAUUACACUGGUGACCAACUAAGCGAACACUUACAGCCAACAAAGAAAGGGAAUGAAGGUGAGAGUCCGAGCCUCACCGGACGCACCCUCCGCAUCGAGGACAUUAUGCCUGACGACCCCACGACCUACGACAAGAUGCGCCCCCCCAAGCAAGGAGGACGACCCACUAACGUUCACUUCCACGUCACCGUCAUGAGCAUCGACUCCAUCAACGAGAAUUCUAUGACUUUCGCAGCUGACAUCUUCUUCGCCCAGACGUGGACGGACCACAGACUAAAACUCCCCGCUAACAUGACCACAGAAUACAGACUUCUUGACCUGGACUGGCUGGAGCAUCUGUGGCGUCCCGACAGCUUCUUCAAGAACGCGAAGGAAGUCAAUUUCCAGACGAUGACGAUACCCAACCACUACGUCUGGCUCUACAAGGACUUCUCCAUCCUCUAUAUGGUCAAGCUGACGCUGACGUUGUCCUGUGCCAUGAAUUUCGCCAUCUACCCCCACGAUACUCAGGAAUGCAAACUGCAGAUGGAGAGCUUAUCCCACACGACGGACGACCUGGUUUUCCAAUGGGACCGCUCUGUGCCGCUGGUCGUCGACGAACACAUCGAACUCCCGCAACAGAUGAUCGUCAGCAACACUACGUCGGAUUGCACGCAGGUCUACUCCACAGGUAACUUCACUUGUCUCGAGAUCGUGUUUCGACUCAAACGGCGCCUCGGCCAUUAUCUGUUCCACACCUACAUACCCACCUGCCUCAUCGUCAUCAUGUCGGUGAGUCGGUUGGUUGAGUGA